UUGCGGAAUACGUAACAAAUUAGUUUAAAAUUUUAUUUUAAAAAACAAAGUCCGACCAAGAUGAAGUGGCUCCUGUUGAUCAGCCUUGUGGUUAUCCUGUCGCAGUGUUCGGGUCGAGGAGUGAAAGUUCAACGCCGCCAGCAAUUGAAUCAUCACCUGGGCACUGUCAAACCUGAGACGAGGGUCAUAGGAGGCACCGACGCCGCCACCGGAUGGGCUCCCUACCAGGUCUCCAUCAUGAGCACCUUCGGAGAGCAUGUGUGCGGAGGCAGCAUCAUUGCCCCCCAGUGGAUUCUGACGGCUGCCCAUUGCAUGGAGUGGCCCACCCAGUAUCUGAAGAUUGUCACCGGCACCAAUGACUAUACUAAGCCAGGAGCCGAGUACCUGGUGGAUGGCGCCAAAAUCCAUUGUGGACACGACAAACCCGCCUAUCACAAUGACAUAGCCCUGAUCCACACAGUCAAACCGAUCGUCUACGAUUCCCUCACCCAACCCAUCCGGUUGGCCAGCAAGGGAUCCCUCCCCAAGGUCGGGGAUAAGCUCACCCUGACCGGAUGGGGCAGCACCAAGACCUGGGGUCGCUAUGCCACCCAAUUGCAGAGGAUCGACCUGCGCUUCAUCGAGCACUCCAACUGUGAGUCCAAAGUGCGAAACGCCAACUGGCUGGGUGAAGGACACUUGUGCACGUUCACCCAGGAGGGUGAGGGCUCCUGCCACGGCGACUCUGGCGGUCCUCUGGUGGACGAGAGCGGAGUGCUAGUUGGCGUGGUGAACUGGGGAGAGGCCUGUGCCAUCGGUUAUCCGGAUGUGUUCGGAUCUGUGGCCUACUACCACGACUGGAUCGAGGAGAUGAUGACCGAGGCGGGCAAGGCCUGCUAAGAUGGAGGUGGGGCCUCAAUGUCUUUCGAGGGGGUUCAAAAGCCAAGCCGAACAAACAAAAAAACAAGCAAUGUGCCGCACUUAUGGCCAUUCUAUUGCCAAAUUGAUCAAAUUAGCCUGUAGUAAAGUUUUAUCACAAAGAUAUCGUAUACUCACUAUGUUAUUUAUGAACAAAUAAACCUGCAAUUGCGCUUCAAUUAGAAGUUAAA